GGCAGAGCAGCGAGCGACCACCGCCAUUGGAGCCAAAAGAAUGUUACUCUUCAGCUCAGUUCCAACUCUCCACUACCCCGGCAGCGCCGCCGCCGCCGCCGCCGCUCCUUCUCUUUCCCUUUUCCCUUCUUCCUCACCGUACCAUUCUUCUUCUGUUUCCUUACAGCAGGCGCCAUGGCACCGCGUGAUGGAAGUUUCUCCGAGUUCUACCGCUUACCAAUUCAGGAUGAAAUCAAUCCCCAAGGGUUUGAGAAUCAGAUGCUCUGCCGUUGAGCCAUUGAAGGUGAUGAUAUCUGGAGCUCCAGCUUCCGGCAAGGGCACUCAGUGCGAGCUGAUUGUUCAGAAGUUUGGAUUGAUUCACAUAUCAACUGGGGAUCUCCUAAGAGCUGAAGUUUCUGGUGGCACGGAGAUAGGGAAUAAGGCCAAGGAGUUUAUGAAUGCUGGAAAGCUGGUUCCUGAUGAAAUUGUUACCGCGAUGGUUACAGGAAGGCUAUCCCGGCAGGAUACAAAGGAGAAAGGAUGGCUUCUGGAUGGCUAUCCGCGGAGUGCUUCGCAAGCUGAGAGCUUGGAGAAGCUUAACAUCAGACCGGACAUCUACAUUGUGUUGAAUGUUCCGGAUGAGUUUCUGAUUGAUAGAUGUGUCGGUAGAAGGUUGGAUCCUGUGACUGGGAAGAUUUACCACAUUAAUAACUUCCCUCCAGGAUCUGAGGAGAUCAAAGCAAGACUAACAGUUCGUCCUGAUGACACUGAAGAAAAGGUAAAAGCACGGCUCCAGAUAUACAAACAAAAUGCUGAAGCCACAUUCUCCACUUAUUCAAAGAUAAUUAAACAGAUGGAUGGAAACCGAUCGAAAGAUGCAGUGUUUCAGGAGAUAGAGAGCCUGCUGUCACAAGUGCAGGAAGACAAAGCUGAGUCAAUCAAGCCUAAAAGAUCUGUGGUUGAGUCUAGGAGCCAAUCCAGUGAGGCAUUAGCUAGCCAGGGAAAAUGGAGGGGAAUUCCCACUAGGUUGAACAAUAUCCCCCAUUCCAGAGAAAUCAGGAAAUACUUCUACACUGAUGUGCUCCAAGCCACUGAAAGGGCUGUUAACGAUGGCAGAACGCGCUUAAGGGUGGAUAUCAACAUCCCAGAGCUUAACCCUGAAAUGGAUGUUUAUCGAAUAGGUACCCUGAUGGAACUCGUUCGAGAGAUUGCUCUCUCGUUUGCAGAUGAUGGGAAACGUGUCAAGGUUUGUGUUCAAGGCUCUAUGGGGGCAGGGGCCCUUGCUGGAAUGCCACUGCAACUUGCGGGAACACGUAAGAUCUUGGAAUACAUGGAUUGGGGCAGUGAUGGCGCUAUGGGGACCUUUGUCAAGAUCGGUUCUAUAGGUGGUCAAGAAGUUGAAGAACAAGAUGACAUGUUCAUCUUAAUUGCUCCACAAAAUGCUGUAGGAAACUGCAUCAUCAAUGAUCUAGAAGCCAUGACUGAUGCUGCUGGGAGUCGUCCAGUCAUUCUGAUAAAUCCAAAACUCAAGGAUUUGCCUGCCUCUAGUGGAAUCAUGCAAACAAUGGGAAGGGAGGAAAGGCUCAAGUAUGCAGCUUCCUUCGAGAACUGCUACUUCUUUCGACUUCUCUACUAUGCAGGAACUCAGUAUCCAAUCAUGGGAGCUCUUAGGAUGUCAUAUCCAUACCCUUACGAGCUGUACAAAAGGGUUGAUGAAGCCCCGGGAAAGGAAAAGUACACAACAUUGUCGACAUUUCCAGAGAAACCUACCUCCGACGAGAUAAAUAACGCCUUCAUGGGGAGAACAAAAGAACAAGCCAAGAAAGCCUCAGGCUUCUGGGGUUUCUUGAGCGGUGUGUUUUGAGCAGAACGAGAGACGUGGUCAGCAACGUUACAGUAUUCAGGUGGUUGAGAUGUUGAACUCACUAGAAAAAAACCCCAGAAUCUGAACUUCUCAAUACAUGUAGUAGUGGCUUUCAACAAUCCGACACAACGAAGGAUUCAAAGCUUUUGUUCAAGAUCAGGCUCAAGAAAGAAGCUGACUAUAUAUGGCUCUUCACUGUGUCUCUCUCUCUUCCUUGACCUUCUUUCCUCUCUUUUUUCACCAUGGCUUGUGUCAUAUCCACAUAUUCGAACUGGACUGGUUCUUGUUAAUGCUUACAUCGCAGCUAAAACGACACCAUUAGCCAUAAUCGUGGGGAUCAAAGUCAAUGCUUUCCCGAAAUGGAUGGGAAGAGAGAAGAGAGCACAAGUUGAUUAAAGAUCAAUUCUUCUUGGAAACAUAAAGCCGCCUUACCAAUGAGGUUUCAGUUGACCACCACAACCCACCAGCUGGUUAAGUUGCCUAGUUGACUGGGGACAAGUUGUUACAAAGCUCAUGUAGCUCAUUGGAUCCUACAAGCAACAAUUACUACAAAUCAUUGUUUGUAGCUUCCACUUGAUCAAAGAAUUCAUAAUCUUAGACCGACCCAUUAAUCGAUGUAUUCAGGGUUUAAGCUAAUUAAACCUAGAACAGUCUAUGCCAGUUGAUAAGGCAUUAAUCAAUGUUUUUCAAUCGU